AUGCUGCCGCUCUUCACCGUUCAGCAAUGCAAUGAAUCCCGCCAUCUGUUUCGCGCAAUCCUGCGUGAGGCAACCUAUCUCCCCGAUCCACAAGCCCGUAUAUACGUAGCCACCCAUGCUGCUCAACGCUUCCGAGAAUAUUCUCCUGGACACAAACCUGACGACGUCCUGAAACAAAGGAGGCACUCACAGCUUGACAAUGCCCGCAAGUCUCUCUCUGAACUGCGCCGCGCCAAUCAAGGAGAGCUGAAGCCUCUGCUCAAGCUCCUCCAUCUGACAUAUGCCCGCAUUGGCAAGAGACGACAUGAGUUACUGCGCGACUUGCAGUACAAGCCGCCAGCCGAUGCCGACCUCAAGUCCGACACGCUGCCCAAACUUUCCCCUCAACAUAUCGCCCUCCUCGAAUCUCAGAAACUGGCUUGUCCGCCGACGACUGUUCGUUCUCAGCUCCGAUCAUGGGCCUUGAAUAUCCCAGAGACGAACAGCUGGGAAAGACCCCUGCCCAAGAAGCGUAUUGCCAACACAACUAGGGACUGGUAUGCCAAAGUCUUGGACCGAACGGUUGUCCCUCUUCCUGUUGCAGAGUGGGAGCGUUUGCGUGACCUUGCUCUGGGCAAAAUAAAGUUCAAAGGUCCUCCUCCGCGUCGACCUAUGCCUGCAGGAGGGGCCAGCUUGCCAUCACCGCUUGAGCUUGCUCUUGGUCUCGUUAAACUCAACUCGCCUAGUGUCGUUCUCGACAAUGCUUCCAACUCUAUCCAUGCCCGUAGGCUGACUGCGCGCUCCAUGAGAAGAUGCUGGGCCACGGUUUUUGCGCAAUGUCCUGUAAUGACAUGGAACUCAAAGUCCCAAAAGUGGUCAGUCCAAUGGGGCGGCGAUGUUCUGAACCAAGCCAAGAUUGCGAAUGCCACCGAAGAAGCCUCUUUGAGCAACCCAUGA